GACAUCGUUCGAGCGCACGCGCGAUUUCAGGGAGCCAAACCGCAAGGGCGCACGGAGGCACGGAACCCUAGCACGGCCAUGGGGAAGGCGGAGCCAAGACCCAAGGGGCACGCGGGCGGCGGCGGAAGCGGCAGCCUGGGGAAGAUUUUCGUCGGGGGGCUCCCGCGGGACACCACAGACGCUAUGUUUGUGAGGCAUUUUGGCCAGUAUGGAGAAAUAGUUGAUUCAGUAAUAAUGAAAGAUAGGUACAUAUCUCAGCCACGGGGUUUUGGCUUCAUUACAUACUCUAACCCUGCUGUUGUUGAUAAAGUGAUAGAGGACAUUCAUGUCAUCAAUGGGAAGCAAGUUGAGAUUAAGAGAACCAUACCGAAAGGAUCGGUGCAAUCUAGCUCUAAGGAUUUCAAGACUAAAAAGAUAUUUGUUGGUGGGCUUCCCUCAUCACUAACAGAAGAUGAUUUCAAGAAUUUCUUUGUAAAAUAUGGGUCUGUGGUAGACCACCAGAUUAUGCGUGAUCAUGAAACAAAACGCUCUCGAGGCUUUGGAUUUAUAGUUUUUGCUUCUGAGCAAGUUGUAAAUGAUUUGUUAGCAAAUGGAAAUAUGAUUGAUCUUGCUGAUUCAAAGGUGGAGAUCAAGAAAGCAGAACCAAAGAAAUCCUCAAAUCCACCACCAUUAGUGCAUGGUAGAAAUUCUAGGUCAGCAUAUGAUAGUGACUCUAGGGAUCAUCCUUCUGCUGAUAACUAUGGUGGAUUGGCGAGUGUUUAUGUCAAUUACAGGGGUGGUGGAUUUGAUCCUUAUAGGAGAGAUGAAGAUUUCGGCGGUAGGCUUGGCAGCUAUGGUGGGUUAGGUGAAUUUGGCGGUGGAUAUGGUCGGUACUAUCCUGGAAUAGGGGGUUAUGGAGACGCGUCAUCAUUUGGUUACCCUAAUCGCUUAGGGUUAUAUGGAGGUUUUCAUGGAGCUUAUGCUGGUGGGGACUUAAGUGGCUAUAGACCCGGUGGUGCUGAUGAGAGCUUUGGUGGCCUUGGUAGUUCUGCCUUUGGUGGUUCCGUCUACGGUGGGGCAUAUGAUUCCGCUCUAGGUAGUUUUGGAUCUGGUAGCACACCUGACAGGAAUAGGGGGAGUUUUACUGGUAGGUCAGGCCGAUAUCAGCCUUAUGGAUGAUAAGAAGUUCCCUUGAAGGAUUAAACCCAGCUUAAUCUUCUCUUCAUGUUUGCUGCCUGUCACUGGAGGAUACCCAGCAUGCUAGGAGAGCUGCCUUGAAGGAUCGAACCCAACUCAAUAUUGUGUAAAAAGUUUUCUAGUUCACCUGAGCUUUAACAUUUAUCAGAUAUUAUGUAGUGUCCAGACUUGACACUAGAUGUUACAUUUACGGUUUUGUUUAGCAUAAUAUAGAAUUCUGGUGUUGCGAUA